UGUAAGGAUAUUUUGGUAAUUUCAGCUAAAGCAAGAACAAUAUAAAAGCAAGGUUUCCUCUGCUGAUUUUCCUCCGCGCUCCAAAACCCUAAAAUCUCAGCCAGCCGCCUCCUUCGCUUCUGUUGCAGAGAGGAAAAGGCAGCUUCUAUCAAAAUGGGGAAAACUCGUGGUAUGGGAGCUGGGCGCAAGCUGAAGACGCACAGGAGAAGACAGAAGUGGGCUGACAAAUCCUACAAGAAAAGCCAUCUUGGCAACGAGUGGAAGAAGCCAUUUGCAGGCUCUUCCCAUGCCAAGGGAAUUGUCCUUGAGAAGAUAGGAAUUGAAGCUAAGCAACCUAAUUCUGCCAUCCGUAAGUGUGCGAGAGUGCAACUCAUCAAGAACGGAAAGAAGAUUGCAGCAUUCGUUCCCAAUGAUGGUUGCUUGAACUACAUUGAGGAAAAUGAUGAAGUUUUGAUAGCUGGGUUUGGGCGUAAAGGCCAUGCAGUUGGAGAUAUUCCUGGAGUCCGGUUCAAGGUGGUGAAGGUCUCAGGAGUAUCGCUGUUGGCCCUUUUCAAAGAAAAGAAAGAGAAGCCAAGGUCUUAAAUUUCCCUGUCCCUUUUAAUAUUUUCAAAAUUUUCAAAUGUGAGUUGUUAGACCCUUGAAAACAAUGACGGUUAGGCUGUGUUACACUCUUUCCAGUGAUGAUGUGUUAUUUUGAGAAUUUUUAUUAAAUCACAGCUUGGUGCUGUAGCUCCCA